AUUUAAUAUCAUAAAGCUUUUAAAAUGUGUGCUCGUCUUUUAGCAUGUCCUUUAUGUUCUCAACCCAGUUUUACAACUUUAGAUGCUUUACGAGCAGGCCUUGUAAGUGUAGCUACUAGACCACUUAUGUGUCCUGUAUGUAAUGAGGUAUUAGUUGGUAUAGAUAAAUUGACUAUACAUCUAUUUGGACAUACUAUAAAUAUAAAUGAUAAUUCAAUACAAUUAUCAAAACCUAUUAAUAUUAAUGUAGAUAAUAAUGAGAUCAAUAAUCAAAAUGUCCAAGUUAAGAAUGUCCUUCAUAACUGGAAUCUAUUACAUAAGGAAACCGUAGACACUGGUCAAAGUUAUAAUAAAAAAGAUAAAAGUAAAAAUUGUUGCGAUAUAGAUCAUACAACGCAAUCUUGUUGUACCAUUUCAAAUAGUAUAAAUAAAACAUUGAUGAUGAAUUCACAAACUAAAGUACAAAAUGAAGUAUCAUUUAAUGAGAAUUCACAAGUUAUACAAUUGUCCGAUCAACUUUGUCAAAAUACAAGUACAAAUGAAUGUUUGUAUAAUAAACAAAAUAGUAGAUUGUUUUUAGAAUCACAGGAUGAUACGUCAGAAGUGAUAAGCGAGUUAUCGAAAACAAAUUGUUUGGAAGAUUGCUACAAAAAUAGUAAUACACAAGAGGAAAAUUCACAACUAAGAGAAAUGAACAAACUAGAAGGUAUUUGGAUAGAAAAUUUAUCACAAGUGUCUAAUCAACAUUCCACAAUAAAAAAAGAAUUAUCAUUAUGCCCUGGUAAAACUCAAGAGAUUAUCUUAAAGCAAACAGAAAUCAAUAAUGAUCAAUAUAAUUUAAAAAAUAAUUUGAUCAUCAGUUUUCCACAUGUUAUGACAAUGUCGGAAAAUGUUAAUGUUUUACCAUCAGAAAUAAAUAAUAAACAAAACUUAGAUGAUCAUAAAAAAACCUUAACUCAUUCAAUCGUCGAAGUAAAAUCAGAUCAGAAUGUAAAUGGUGAAAAAAUAAUAUCAAAUCUUAAGAUUUUAAAGGAAAAGACUGAAAGAUGUAAUAUAUGUGGCUUCCACUUUCCAGAUCAUAACAUACUUGUUUUGCAUAAACAAUUAAUUCAUAUGGUCGAUGAACAAAAUAGUAAUGUUACAUCUGAGAACUUAUUAAAAAGUUAUUCUUGCCAUUUGUGUUCUAAAGUUUUCAAAAUGCGUGGCAGUUUAAUGAUACAUAUGAGAGUAGCACAUAUUGGUCACAAUUGGGGUUUUUUAUCAAAAGAUGGAGAUGCACCAAUGGGAAUUAAUAAUAAUGGAUAUAAUUGUCCUACUUGUGGGAAAAAUUUUAAAAAAGAACAGCAUGUUAUACAACAUUUGAAAACACACGAAGGCAAACAAUGGGAAUGUGAUGUCUGUAGUAAAAUGUUCACAACAAAGUAUUUUUUGAAAAAGCAUAAAAGAUUACAUUCAGGAGAAAUGCCAUAUAAAUGUAAUAUUUGUGAUAAGACAUUUACUUUUCAACAAUCAUAUCACAAACACAGAUUGUAUCAUAAAGAUGACAAACCACAUAUGUGCACUACUUGUGGUAGAUCAUUUAAAGAACUCUCUACAUUGCACAAUCAUGAACGAAUUCAUACAGGGGAGAAACCUUUUGCAUGUGAAACUUGUGGAAAAUGUUUUCGACAACGCGUGUCUUACCUAGUACACCGUAGAAUUCACACAGGCGUUAUGCCAUACACAUGCACAAUGUGUGGAAAAAGUUUUAGAUAUAAAGUAAGUCAACGAACACAUAAAUGCCCAGUACAACAAUUCACUGCUCAACAGCAAUCAAAUGAAAUAGUUCAAUCAUCAGCUGUGACAUCGAUUAUGCAAGAAAAUUGCAAUGAGGCAAAUCAUUCACAAGAAACUAAUUCUUCGCAACAAAUAAAACAAAUAUUAAACGGUAUUAACGAUAAGGAUAAUAAAUUUGUUCUUAUAAUAAAUGCUCAAGGUCAAACUGUGUUAACAAGAGAAUCAGAUCUUGAAAACGAACAGGAAGCAAAUUUUGCAAAAACAAAAGAUACAAAUAAAAAUUCAAACGAAGAUAUAUGGAAUUCUGACAACUCCAAAAAUCUCAAUUCAAAAAAUUCUACAAAUCAUUCUGAUAAAUUAUUGUCAGAUAACAGAAACAAUGUACAAGAUACUACAGAUUUUUUCUCAUUAGUAAUGUCACCAUUAGAAAAUAAUUUGUCAUCACCUACAUCUGAAAUGGAACAUUUGAGACUUUCUUCUCCUAUAUCAAAAAAUAUUUCACAACCACUAUUCAGUAAUUUUAGACAUCCUUCGGAAAAUAUAAAUGAAAAUAUAAUUCAUACAGAUGUAGAAGAAACAUAUAACGCCGUCGAUAGUAUCAGGUGUUCUUUUGAAACAAUAAAUGAAGAAUCGUUAAAACAAUUACUAUAUAGUAUAGAUAAGAAAUAAAAUGAUAGAGAUAUUUUAGAAUAUACAACAUAAAUACACUUUUUGAUCGUAAAUCCUUAAUAAAAACAAAUAUGUUAUUAGCUUACAAA